AUCCUUGCUCAUCAGAUGUCAGCUUUUCUGAACCACAUCAACAUCGAAUCCACGAUAAUGAAACUAAAAUAAGCUCAACACCGCUGCAGCCAUGACCGUCGUCGGAGGACACAAGCUGAGCAGCAUCAAAUCCAUGAAGCUGUUUGUCUGCCUCAUUGGUGUGAGCUCGUUCCUGCUUCUCAUUUUCUGCCUAUACACUACCAUUAGCACGCCGGAAAAGGAAGUGGCCCCGCUCUCGCUGCCAAACGAUGGCUACCAGAACGUUGUGUCCUACGAGCUGUGGCGCAGUCAAACUAUCAUACCGGAGAAGUACAACGAACACCAAGUCAAGGCGCGCAUUAUUCGGGACAAAAUCAAGCGAUUGGUGGCUAACAACCAACACCAGGCCACGGCACCAGCAGCCGAGCAUCGGAACAGGACUAUUCCGUUGAAUCGAAAUGUUCAGAUAUUUUACCAUGGUACGGUCGCGUGGUACAAAUCGCAACCAACGCGUCCCUCCGGCGAUCGGUUGGUUGCGCGUAUUUAUGAAAACAAUUCCGUUUCCUUCAAACCGAACGAUGAGCAGAUCAUAAAUACCGCGUUCUACCCAAAACGACGGCUGUACAACACGAGCGAGGCGAUCGUCCGGGAACAUUUUAACGAAAUACAAAACUGUGGCAUCGGAACAGUGAUCCUAGGAUGGCAGCCCAACUUUUCCGACUACCUUCUCCGGGUGAUCUUCAAGGUGGCACAACACUACGAUUUGCAAAUCGUAAUUGAAAUAUUAGAGUACGCCGAUCGUACGAUCGAGAGUAUAAGAAGCAAUAUAAAAUACUUCACCGAUGGAUUUGGAAAGGGCCCCGCCGGCAUCGAAAGUACUCUUAGCUACUACAAUGUGCUUUCCAAAAAACGAGAGCUACCCCUGUUCUACAUCCGCAAGGCAUAUCGCAUCGGGGACACCGAGUGGAAACGACUUCUCAGCCGCAAUGGAAUCCUAACAAUACGUGGAACAAGCUAUGAUGCUAUCCUCGUGGCGCACAUCACAUCCAAGGACCACAAGUCUAUCGUUCGAAGGUCGGGCUUCGAUGGGUUCUACACGUAUCUUCCCAGUAACGGUGCUAACUAUGCGUCCACGUGGAAAAAUUGGAACCAGCUGAAAAAGUUUGCCGACAGUUACCGCUUGCUAUUUGUGCCGACCAUCGGUCCAGGUUAUUACGAUCGUCGAAAGUACGAGCGAAAGGUGAAUCAAAACCACGGCAUUACCAACAUCAAACGCUACCGAUCCAAUGGGCAAUAUUUCGACGUCGGAUGGCGUACGUCGCUGAAGAACAAUCUGCAAAUAAUCACCAUCAACAGCUACAACAACUGGGUUGAUGGCACGCAGAUCGAGGCCGCCAUACCGGUGUUCGGUUUUCGGGACUACCUGCCGGGGCCACCGGAAAAGUAUCUCGACUUGACGCAGUCCUGGGUGGAGGAGUACGUUAAGUACAAGUGGAACAACAUCAAAUUGAACAAGAAAACCGAUUUAACACUCAACUGUUACGAUUUUAUCAACAACACUAUUUGUUAAGCUUGUGUGUAGGUACAUAUUUCAACGGAUGUGAAAAGUUUAGCGGACAAUUGCGAAAACCCAAAUUUAAUGCCAAAGCUAAAAUGAUGUCCUCCGCCGUAGUAACCUAUUGUCGUUAUGCAGAUAGUCUGUUUAGAAGAGCAUAGUACUAGCAUUGGAGAGUAUACAGUAGAAUGUGGAUAGCUUACAAAAUUGUAAAUAAAUUUUCGAAUGAUUGAAAUAUUAC